UAAAUUUAGAAUUGUGAACUGGUCAAAUUUUCUUACACGUGUUAGUAAUCAAGCAAACCAUCGAUUGAAACGAGGAAAAGAAAAUGAAUUUCUAAAACACGAAUUUCUAGAAACUUUUCUUUUGAGACAGAUUAAGAAGCAUUUAUCACUCAAAAUGGGUCGUUCACGAUCAAGAUCCAGAUCACAUACUAGGUCAAGGUCACGAAGUCGGGGAAGAAGGCGUAGCCGCAGUUACAGCAGAAGUAGAAGUCGCAGUUCUUCACCAGAUUCAUACAGACAAAGUCUUGCUUACAACAGGGUUCAUGUUGCUGAUCUUGGGUUAGAUCCUAGCAAGAGGGAAAUUGAGAAGGCAUUUGAGAAGUUUGGACCACUGAUAGAAGUGUGGGUAGCCAGGAAUCCACCAUGCUUUGCUUUUGUUGUCUACAAGUAUAAAGAAGAUGCUGACAAUGCCAUCAGGGAAAUGGAUGGACAGGUUUUGUCAGGUGGAAGAAUCAGAUGUUCAUAUGCUAGGCCACGUGUGCGAGGUGGUGGACCAAGACGGCGCGGCGGUUUUGAUGCAAGUCUUAGAUGUUACCAGUGUGGUGAGAGGGGUCAUUUUUCACGAGAUUGUGAUGAGAUCUGGAGACAGAGACGAAGAAAUCGAGAACGUAGACGCAGUCCAAGAAGAAGUUACUCAAGGUCACGCUCCAGGGAAAGGGAAAGGAGAAGAUCGAGGACACGAUCAAGGGAAAGGCGUAGGUCAAAGUCCAGGUCAAGGAGUAGAGAAAGGAAGAGGAAAACAAGCAGGAGAGACAGCCGAAGCAGAAGUCGGUCAAGGAGUCGAUCCAAGUCUAGAAGAGCGCAUUCGUCCUCCAAAUCCCCAAGACGAGAACGUGAAGAGAAAUCAAAGUCGAAAUCAAAAAGUCCGGAGCAAAACGGUAACGAUUCACCGGAUAGAGUUGAUGAUCCAAGGCUAGAAGUGAAAGAGGAAGUGGAAUGAAGCGAAGAAAAAAAACUUUUAUUUGAAUGAUGGGAAAUUUGAUAAACUGAUGUACGAAUAGUACUGUAAAAGACAGAAUACUAUUUUUGGUUAAAAACGGCUAUGUUUGCAUGUUUUGGACCUUUUUAAAAGAAAAACAAAUUAUUUUUGGCUAAAAUUGAAUGGCAAGAAAUGAGUGAAAUAAACAGAUGCUGUGAACAUAUUAGAAAUUCAAGAAACUGAGAUUAAUGUAUUGAUUUUAAACGCAAUCGGUGAAUAACUUACACAUGGUAACAUGAAAUGUUCAUUAUUUGAAUGUUUCAAAGUCUGAUAUUUUUAUGAAUUUAUGUAAAAGUAUUGUUGUAGAUGUGAUAUUAGUGUAUGAAAGAAAUUCGUUUAGAAUAAGAAUUGUUAUUUGUGAAUCAUAGAGGUCACAUGCCUAGAGCUCGGUGUAAAAUAUUCUUGUCUAUUGAGUGAAUGGACAACUUGAUUUUAGUUUAGUUAUAACAGGAGAUGUUUGUUGUGACAUUUUUAUGCACCCAGAGUGAUUUAACUUGAUUAUUUGAGUUCAUUUUAUUGCAACCAAGAUGCCAGUUUUAAAAAUAUCAUUUUGAGGCCAAGGUCACAAUAUCAUUUUGAGGUCAAGGUCAGAGCUCAAGGUCAAAGAUUUGAUUAAUGGAAUAUUAUCGGUUCCAAAUUGCUUCACUAUCACAGGGCUUAUGUUUUAUCUUGAAGACCAUGUCAACUUUAAUUUCUAAUCUCAAGCACAGUAGAAUAAACAUGGGUUACGGUUAUAGAAAUAUUUUUGGCACUUUGUAAAUGAUUAUGGUGUUUUAUUGGGUAUUUUCUCUGUUCAUGUUCAAGAUCUUUGGAACUGAAAAAAAAAAGUUUAAAAGUAAAAAAAAAAAAAUUCAGUUUAACAGCAUUGGAGUCAAAUUAUUUGACAUGUACAUUCCAUUUUUUCUACUCUAAAUGACUUUAAACUUAUUUUUUAAAGUGUGAAUGAUCAGUAUUUGUGUUUGCUUUUAGGGGUAGAAACUAAAAAAAUGUCCAAUGUUGUCC